UUUUUUUUUGACAGAUAGAUCGAUUCCUUAUUGACUCGAGACGCACACCUAGCGACUUACUUGAUUGAUUCAUACGUAGAAGACAAAAGAUUAAAAAAAAGGAAUACUCCACAUCUACAAUUUCCACAUACACGCGCCGCCGAAAUGUCUACGUCACAGCAACAGCGAAAACCAUAUAAGAACCAAUCCAAGAGAUUCAAUAAUGCUUCAGGCAGCAGCAACGCCAACAACAGCUCGCAGCAGCUUACCAGCUUGAGCGAAAUGUUUCCUGAUUGGGAAUCAGAAGAUUUGGCCAGUUUGUUACAAGAACACCAUCAAGAUUUAGAGAUUGUCAUUGAUUUGAUCGUCAAUAACAAGGUAUCCAAGUGGGAACCUAUUAAGAAAGAGCCUAAGCACAAGAAGAAGGAACUGAAGGAGGAUGAAACAUCUAAUAACGUGCCAGUGGCAACAUCCAACCAAUCUAACUUUUCUUCUGAACAAUCUUCACAUGGUAACAAGCACAAACAACAUAGAGAACAACACACCAGAGGAAAUGGUACCAACAACAACAACAAUGCUAGAGGUCAAAACAGAGACGGUAGAUCCGAAAGACCACAAAGAAGAGCUGCUCCACAGAAGGAUACAUCUGCAUCUUCCGCUGCUGCACCAGCCGCUAGUGGUGCUACUGCUUCUACUUCUAAUUCUUCUUCCUCUGCAUCUUCUACAACCACUACUCAAAGCCAAGCCUCUGCAUCUUCCAUCUCCGCCACACAAGUGCCGGCUCCAAACUCAUGGGCCGCUGCUUUAUCUAAGGAUAAGCAAAGAGAAAGACCACAACCAGUUGUGGAAGAAUCAGAACCAGUUGAAGAAGAAAAGACCGAAAUUAACGAUGCUACUCCAGUGGAAGACAAUACUGCUGCUCCAGAAGCUUCAGAACCAUCAGCUGAAACUGGUGUUUCUGACGUUUCUGAAUCUACCUCUACUGCUGCUCCAGUUUUGAAGCAAGCAUCUAUUCCAACUCCUAAACAAGGUUCAUGGGCAUCUGCCAUUGCUCCAAAGCCAAAGAAGGUUCAACCAAAGACUACGGCUGCUCCAAAGGUUGAAGCCGCUCCAUCUACUGAAGAAUCCACCGAAGCCGUUGUUGCUGAAACUCCAGAAGAAUCAACCACCACUGAAGCUGCUGCUGCCCCAUCUGUUGAAGAAUCAAACACCACUGAAGCCCCAGCUGCUUCUGCUGCCCCAGCUUCCACUGAAGCCGCCCCAGCUCCACAAGUUGUCCUUCCAAACAACACUCAACAAACUAACGCUGUUGGUGUAUCUUUUGGCUCUUUAUCAUUAGGUGAUGAAGAAAAGGAAGCUCCAGCUCCAGUCGAGGAAAAGAAGGAAGAAUCUACUGAACAACAAUACGGUUACCAAUCUGAAUCUAACCAAAACAAUCAAUACAACCAACAAUUCUACCAACAACAACAACCUCAACAACCUCAACAACAACAGCAACAAGAUCAACAACAAACUCAAGCUCAACCACAAUCUCAACAACAACAAUACAAUGCUAAGCAAUACGGACAAUCUAAGGCUCCACAACAAGGUCACCAAGCUCAGCAACAACAACAGUAUGAUUACUACAACCAAUUCCAACAAUCCCAACAAUAUGCUCAACAGAACCAAACUUUGGCUGGUGGACAAUUCGGUGGAUACCCAGGAAUCGAUUACUCUGCUUAUGGUCAACAAUCUGCUGCUGCUGUUGCUUCUCCAGCUGCUACUCACGCUAAUGUUAGCUACUCUCAAUAUGGACAGGUUCCAGCUCAAGCUCCAGCUGCUUCUGCUGAUGCCGCUACCCAAUCUCCUGUCAACGGUCAAAUCAACCCAAACACUUUGCAACAACAAAUUCCAGGUGCUCCAUACGGUUACCAAGUUCCAUACUAUAACUACUACUACAACAACCCAUACUAUGCUCAAGUUAAUGGUUUAGGUGGUCAAAGUGCAUUUGGUGCUGCCGGUGCUGCUACUGGUGUUGCCGGUGCUGCUGCUACUGGUUCUGCCAACUCUACCGGUUCUGGUAGUGCCCCAGUUGCCUCUGGUGCUAACAACGCUGGAUUUGCUGUAUCUGCUGGUGUCGCUGCCACUGGUGCUGGUUCUUCUCAAUACUACGGUCAACCAAACCAAUUCGGUAACAGAUACCCAGGUUACAACCAAUACCCAGUCCAAGCCCCACACCAUGGUGCUCAACAAGGUGCUCAACAAGGUUCUCAACAACAACAACCAGUCCAAGGUUCUGAUGUUGAAGGUGGUGCUGCCAACGGUGGUGCUCAAGCCCAAGCUGGUCAAGCUCAACCAGGUCAACAACAACAAGGUCAACCACAACAACCUGUUAUCCCUCAAUACGGUGGAUACCAACAACAAAUGUACCCACAAUAUAGCGGUUACCAAGAAACUAACCAGUACCGUGGAUGGUACUAGGCAUAUUAGUAAAUAGUUACGAGCGAUUAUGUUACAUAUGUAAGAAAAGGGAUUUGAAAUACGAAAGAAUAUUUACCAUUGU